GCUAUCCCCACUUCGUGGUAUUCGCUGUAAUCGAAGAAGGAGUGACUACUCAGUUUUCAAUAUCAAGUUUCUGUUUUAUCAGUUCAGCAAUUUUCAUUUUAGUGCCAAUCCAAGAUUCCUUGCUAGUGGUAGAAAGAGUGAGAAUGCUGAAAAAUACCGGGAAACUUGCUGGUAAAACACUGUUUAUCACUGGAGCGUCGAGAGGAAUUGGCAAGAGUAUUGCCCUCAAAGCAGCUCAGGAUGGUGCGAACAUUGUAAUAUGCGCUAAAACAGCAGAUCCUCAUCCAAAAUUACCAGGCACGAUUUACACAACAGCAAAUGAAGUGGAAGCACUUGGAGGAAAAGCCCUGCCAUGCACAGUCGACGUUCGUGAGGAGGCGCAGGUAAAUGCAGCUGUAUCAGAGGCAGUUCAAAAAUUCGGAGGAAUCGACAUUGUUGUCAAUAAUGCCAGUGCAAUUUCACUAACACCGACACUCUCAACGGACAUGAAGCGUUAUGACCUCAUGAACCAGAUCAAUGCAAGAGGAACGUUCCUCGUAUCGAAGGCUUGCCUGCCACACUUACUGAAGAGUAAGAACCCUCACAUUCUCAACCUGAGUCCUCCACUGAAUUUAAACCCCGUAUGGUUCAAAAAUUAUCUCGCAUAUACGAUGGCCAAAUACGGUAUGUCGUUCUGUGUUUUGGGAAUGUCCGAGGAAUUCAAAGAUCAGGGAGUUGCUGUCAAUGCUCUCUGGCCCAGAACAACGAUUUACACGGCUGCCGUCGACAUGUUGAUGGGUGAGCAGGGUAAAAAUUACAGUAGAAAGCCGGAAAUCAUGGCUGAUGCAGCUUAUGCCAUCGUAACUAGGGACAGUAAGGCUUCGACUGGACAGUUCUUCAUUGAUGACGAAGUAUUGAAGAGUGAGGGGAUACUGGAUUUGACUGCUUAUGCAUGUAAUCCAGAAUAUAAGGACAAGCUAAUGCCAGAUGGAUUCUUGGACAGUCCCGACUCCACACCGGGCGCUUUUUUCAAGGCCGUAUCGAAAUCAUAAUAAUGCUAAUAUUCUCGGUAAUUGGAUCGAAACUAUUGAUGGAGAUUCAUAAGCAUUGCCGGCACGAAAAAUUGUAAAAUCAAAUUUACUUUAUGUUUCCGAGCGGAAGCAUUGUAUUUGUUGAAUUUUGAUAUUUCCUAAUUUUGUUGAAAAGUACUCUAAAAUGAUAUGGAAUAUGAGAAAAUAUAUUUUUUAUAACAGA